GAUGAUGAUGAUGAUGAUGAUUCGGUUGAUGAUGAUGACGAUGAUUCGCAUGAUGAUGAUCAUGAUGAUGAUGAUGAUGAUGAUAACCCUAAUGAUGAUUCGGAUGAUUAUGAUAAUGAUGAUGAUGAUGAUGACGAUUCGGAUCAUUAUGAUGGUGAUGAUGAUGAUGAUGAUUAUCGUGAAAAUGAUGAUGAUUCGUUUGGUGAUGUUGCUGAUGACAGUGAUGAUUCGGAUGAAGAUGAAGAUUCGGAUUAUCAUGAUGAUGAUGAUGGUGAUGAAGAUUCGGAUUAUGAUGAUGAUGACGAUGUUGAUGAUGAUGAAGUUUCGGAUGAUGAUGAGGAUUAUGAUUCGGUUGAUGAUGACGAUGAUGAUGAUGACUCGGAUGAUGAUGAUUAUUCGGAUGAGGAUGAUGAUGACAUGAAGAUGAUUCGGAUGAUGAUGAUGAUGAUGUGA